AUGAGGAAAGGAAUUCCUCCACAGGCAAAGAAGGGAAAGGCAGAUAAUACAGCAGUUGAAGAAGAGCAUCUUCCAGAAACAGGAAAUAAUAUAUUUAAUCUAGCAAAUGGCGCUAAAUACGAAGGAGAUUGGAAAAGAUUCGAAGGCGUAUUAAAACGUCACGGAAAAGGCGUUUUCACUUGCGAAGAAUUUACAUAUGAAGGUGAUUUCGAGGAAGACGUUUUCCACGGAAAAGGUUUAAUCAAAUUUAAAGAUGGCUCUAACUAUAUUGGCGAUUUCCGUCAUGGUGCCAUCACUGGUAAAGGAAAGUAUCAAUUUGUUGAUGGUUCUACAUACGAAGGAGAGUUCCGUGAUGGAAAGAUGCACGGAAUAGCCUUAUUCUCUACAGUAUAUGGUGACCAUUGGAGAGGAGCAUGGAAUAAUGGCCUUUCAGCAUGCCCAAUAUAUCCACAGGCACCUCCAGAGCCUGUUUACGAAGAAGAGGAAGAAGAAGAAUUCUUCGAAGAGGAAGAAAUGAUGCAGGAUCAAGGCGAAAUGGAAGGUGAAAUGGAAGAUGGCGGCCAGUAUUAA